UAUUUGUACUGUGACUUCACUGCUACUGUGGAAAUCCCACUUAUCUCCCUAUGCCUCCACCACUGUCCCCAGCUUCAUAGUCCCUAUAAAGAGGGGUUCCAAACUCAGAUCAGCACAAGACACAGGACCUGAAGCUCUUCUCAAGCUCCUCAACUUUCUGAGAUCUUCAGUCUCAGCUCACCCAAGCUUUUCUCUGCAGUCUUAUCUCUACCUUCACCAUGAAAUUCUGCGUGACCAUCCUCGCUCUCCUUGUGACCGUGGCUGCCUUCUGCUCUCCAGUGCUCUCUGCACCAAUGGGCUCAGACCCUCCCACAGCCUGCUGCUUCUCUUUCACCCAGCGGAAGCUGCCUCGCAACUUUGUGACUGAUUACUAUGAGACCAGCAGCCUCUGCCCCCAGCCAGCUGUGGUAUUCCAAACCAAAAGAGGCAGGCAAGUCUGUGCCAACUCCAGUGAGCCCUGGGUGCAGGAGUACGUGGAAUACCUAGAGCUUAAUGAGGCAUGAUGACGUCAAAGAAGAUCAACUGAGCCGGAUAGUUCUCAAUGAGAUGUACUUUAUUAUCCAUGCUCACAGUGUGUCUCAGUAGUUCCUGCCCCUUGUCAUGACUUUAUCUUUAGUAUGUGCUUUGCUACUGGGUUCAGUGUUAUUUUAAUUAUUUAUGUUUGACAAAAGGACACAUGUCUCCUAUGGGGAUGGUCCAUCAUCACUGUUUCUCUGCUAUUGUGGACACA